AUGGCGUCCUGGGGUCUAGGAAACAACGGGAAACUGCCCCUGAUCCCAGGGGCGUCGGGGCGAAUCCGAGGUCCCAAAGGGCUCCCCGAGACUCUUGGCCAAGGGGACCUGAAACUUCCGAGCCCUAGAGCCGCAAUUGCCACCCCCAGAGCCCGAGGUGGUUACCUCUUAAUGCAAAUAGGGAACCUGGAGGGUGAACGUGGGCCCGGGGAGGCCGAGUGA